AGCAUAGCAGCCAUGGCCCCAAAGAGACGCUCAGCGGCAGCCAGCAGCAACCUGACCACCAUCUUCGACCAGAGUAAAAUCCAGGAGCUGAAAGAGGCCUUUACAGUCAUCGACCAGAACCGUGAUGGCGUCAUCACCAAGGAUGACCUGAUGGACACCUUUGCUGCCAUGGGAUGUCUGAAUGUACCCAAGGAGGAGCUGGAUGCCAUGAUGAAGGAGGCCUCUGGUCCGAUCAACUUCACCACCUUCCUGACCAUGUUUGGUGAGCGGCUAAAGGGCUCGGACCCAGAGGACACUAUCACUGCAGCAUUCAAGGUGCUAGACCCUGAAGGAAAGGGCACCAUCACGAAGGAUUAUCUAGAGCAACUGCUGACGACCCAGUGCAACCGCUUCUCUGAGGAGGAGAUCAAGAACAUGUGGUCUGCAUUUCCACCCGACCUUGCGGGGAACAUUGACUACAAGAGCGUCAGCUACACCAUCACCCAUGGUGAGGACAAGGGAGAGUGAGCUACACCUUAACCCAAUGUGAAGAGAAGGGAGAGUGAGCACUCUAUGGGGGAUGACUGCAAAGCUGAACAUGAGGAACAAAAUUGACCCACGUCUUUCUUAGUGUGAGAAACUCAGCUCUUGAUGUUUGUGUGUUUUGAAAGCUCAAAGGCUUUCUCCCUGCCUUAUUAUUUUGU